AUGAGAGUUAGUAGCAUGGAUGAUUAUCUACUUUAAUCACAAAGCCAACUAUUCGAAGAUGCAUAAGAGUAAAAUAUUACCUCUAAUAAAAACGAUACUUCGAAAAUCUUUGAUAUGUAGAGUCAAAAUGGUGAGAAUUAAUGGAAUUUCACUAGAUCAAGCAAAAGUAGAAUAAAUAAAACUAGAAGUACUUAUAAAUAAUCUAAUCAAGAUAAUCAUCGCUCAAACAUCUUAAAUAAUCUAGAAGAAAGAUUAAAUGCAGCUAAUGAUAAGCAAAAUCUUAAAACAAUCAGAGGAGGAGGAUCAAGUAGAUCUGCAUCUUCUAAAAGCUACUCAAAAAGAGAUUAUGGAGGAUCCAGUUACAGUAAUGGCUAUGCUGUUCCUAUUAUAAUAGGAGGAGGUGGAUAUUAUCAUUCAAACAAUUAUUAUUAAGAUUCAAGCGAUUCCUUAUGCAAAAAUCAUACUUGCCAAUUCUGCUGUGUGAAGGGAGUAUGCCAAGAUGAAGCAUAUUGUAAAGAUAUUAAAGCGUCAAAAGAUUAAAAAAGUAUGGAUGCUGGAGAAGUUAUCUUUCUCAUCAUUUUGUUAAUUACUUGCUGUGGAAGCUGCUUUGUCCUUCAUAGAUAUAUGAGAAGACGCUAACGUCAUACUGUUAAGGAACCUUUGAUCCAUAAUUCCCUUUCGCAUAGUCCCUAUCAUUCCCAUUAGCAUCAUAAUAAAGCUUAACCAGAGCAUUAAAAUCAUCCAGAGCAUAAUUAACAAUAAUACUACAUACCUCAAACUAACGUUAAUCAAGAUAGUUCACUACCUCACUAAUAAUAAUUAUAUAACCCUAUACUUAACUAUCAAUAAGUGGGGUAACUAUAAUUACAAGAAGGCCAUAUCCCUUUAGCUGAUUAGCAAAACUUACAAUAGUAGUAAUUGCUAAACCCUCCUAUAAGUUAUCCCCCAAAUCAGGGAUAUGCAAGCAAUGAUAUCUAAUCAAUAUAUCAGCAGUCAACCUCAGAACAAAUCUUGAAUUUCUAGGCUUAGGAAAACUAAAAAUAGUAAUAUUUUGUUCCUCCGACUCAAUAAUAGUAAUAUUAUGUUCCUCCAACCCAAUAAUAGUAAUACUAUGUUCCUCCAACCUUGCAAUAGCAAGCACCUUAAUGA